UCGCCUCCAAAAACACGUAAGACCAAACUUCCAAAAAUAACUCAUUCGAGGUUUAGUUUCGUGGGAAAUUGCUAACGUGCGUUAAUGUUAGCUGUACAUAAUAAAUCGUAAUAUUAAGUUUCAAAUUAUAAUAUUUAUCAUCAUGAGUGCUGAUGCUGCUUCUUUACCCUGUCCAAUAUGUUCUCAUACGGGAGUUUUUGAUACUGUGCAAUCGUUAAGAGAUAGACUAAUACAUGUGUCUACAAAUACAAUUGUUUGUCCAGUUUGUCAAGAAGAAGUGUGUGGAUUAGAUAAAUUAACGAUACAUCUUUUCAGCCACGUAAAACUACUACCAUCGAGAGAAUCCGUAGUAAAAGAUAAGAACAAGGGACCUUUAAAAAAUUACAUCCAAAACGUGCCACAACACAAGAAGUCUAAAGCGUCGACGUCUAAAAAUAAAACGCCUUCACCCACGAUAAAUGCGCCAGUAAAAUAUGUCAAAAUAUAUCCAAAGCUACCGGUGAUAUCUUUAAAUACUGUACCAGUUAUAGAUAUAUCCCGGAAGGCCAUGGAUGAAUCUAAAGAAGUAGCUGAAUCAGUAUACGUUAAAACGGAGACUGCGAUAUUGCCAACAAACACAACAUGUAACAUAUGUGGCUUGCAGUUUGUUGAUGUUAAUAUUUUAAAAAUGCAUAGAUGUUUAAUUCACAACAUUGAUGACAAUCCGAACCACACCGUUACUCGUUAUCACUGUCAUUUAUGUCCCAAGAAUUUUAAAAUGAGAGGAUCUUUAAUGGUUCAUUUGAGAGUAGCACAUUAUGGAUUCUUGUCGGGAAACACAGAAGCUACAGUUCAUGAAGGAAGCAACGGAAAAAAUGGAGAUCAAAUCGCUGAUGAAAAACCUUUAACGAUACAACGAAAUGAUAAUAAACAAUGGCAAUGUGAUGUUUGCAGAAAAUGUUUUACAACGAAAUAUUUUCUCAAGAAACAUAAACGACUUCAUACAGGUGAAACUCCAUACGCCUGUACGCAAUGUAACAAGACGUUUACGUUUCAGCAGUCGUAUCACAAGCAUCUGUUGUAUCACAAUGACGAAAAGCCACACACGUGUAGCUAUUGUGGGCGAGCGUUCAAAGAGCUGUCUACACUUCAUAACCAUCAACGAAUUCACACUGGUGAAAAACCGUUUUCAUGUGAAACAUGUGGCAAAUGCUUCCGACAACGGGUAUCAUAUUUAGUACAUAGAAGAAUACAUACAGGAGUUAUGCCAUACAAAUGUACUGCAUGCGACAAGAGUUUUCGUUACAAAGUAUCGCAAAGAACUCAUAAAUGCCAAGCUCAACCACCAGGUACGGUAAUUCGUCAAGCAGGUGACUUGGUUGAGAAGCUUAAAAAGAAACAUGCAAAAUCUAAUAAAACAGUUUCAGAACAAAUACAAGCUAAACAAGGUAACUUGAGCUAUGCGGAAAUAUCUGACGUGAACGCUGAAUUAGUUCGAACAGGCGCUAAAUUGUCAUUGGAAGAUAUGGAAUCCGAAAAUUUUAGAUUAAUAGCUGACACUUUUAAUGAAAAUAAUAACUUGCAAGAAAAAUCUGAACUACCUUAUUCUGCAACAACAAGUAAAUGCAAUGCGGAUUGCAUUCUUGAGGAAUUGAUGGAUAGUAUUCCAGUUGAAGAGAAAAAUGUACCUUCUCCAUCUGAAAUUCUAAAAAAUUUAUGCUUAUCAAAAGAAGAAGAUUAUACUGGAAUUUUGCAAGAGCGAAGUGAUGAAAAAUGUUUUGACUUAUAUAAAGAUUUCAACGGCUUUUUAUAAAAGAGUAUAUAUUAUAUUAUUUGCUUAAUAAAUCAACAUACAAUUACUUAUUAUAAAUAAGGAAACAAUCAUUUAAUUUUUCCUUAAUACUUC